AUGGCUUCGACUGAAGUCUCAGCUCGACCCCACGAUCGACACGGUCGUCGACUUCCUUUCUCGAAUUGGAUGAAGCGCCUUGCCAAUCUCAAGAACACUUCUGUUUCCUACCCUGGCUCUUCGAACAAGCAGAAUGGUUCUCCGAGCGCUUCCAAGAGCAAGAAGGGCGCCAAUAUCAAAAACAACCCAUACUCCCUGUCAGGUAAUAUCAGCAAUUUGGGAAAUGGCCACCUCUCUUUCUCUGAACCCCCUGCUAGCGAGCGACCCAGCCAACUGUCCCGCUCAGUACCGUCGUUGUCGGAAUCAGGUUUGGACCAGAAUGCAUCAGCAGUGGGCACAAAAUCUGCUGCGCCCACGCUCUCUACAAAUGCGGACACCACCUUAUCAGACGCUGCGAAUUCCAAAGCCGGUACUGCCAUAACCACUGGUGGUGCUCUUGGUUCGCAAGGAGGUGGGGAAGGGAGUACAUUUUCCUCACCAGCACCGUCUGUGCGUUCACUUACGACAACACUUACAACUGUCCAAUCCACUGCUCCGUCGAACCAGAUCCAUGGAGGGCUUUUCGGUCAUCACGUUUCUCACAGUGCUAGUCAGCAAACUGGCCUUCAAUUCAGUCAUCAAUAUCCCAUAUCUCCUGCCACCGCGGUUCCUGCCCACCUUUCUCCUAACCCAACAACUUACAUCUCAGCAACGGCAAAUAACCUCCUGACUGAUAACGCGUCUGUGCUGACGUUAGCAUCUUCCUCCAAACGCCGGCGCCGCAACUCUCUGGACACCAAUGCUUCAGUUCGUGCCUUGGCUCCUUCAUCAAUCUUCAGCGGAAGCCGCGAAAGUUUGCCCUUGAGCGUUCUCAGUGGCAAUAUGGGAUAUCCGGGAGCUGCCGGAGAGCCAUCCAAUGCUUCAAUCACCAAUGCGCCGGGCGUUCUAAAUCGUCCAAACCUAGCCAACACCGAACGAGGCAGUAUAUACUCAUAUGCUGGAGCUGCUUCGGGGGAACGGAGCAGCUAUCAGCCGGGCAGACUGCAGCUUGGUGAUACUGGCAGUGUUAGGAGUGCGAACAACUCGCACCACGGGAGGAAUGAUAGUAUAGCUGGCAGUAUUGUCGGCAACGUGGUGGGCAACCAUUCCGUCUCCGGCGCUCCUGGGCGAGUAAGCCGGCGGAGUUCCGGGUGGGCAGAAGUCCCAGGGGCCGACGACAGUGAGGAUGAGGCCCUGUCAACCGGAGCAGACGAACUAAAUAGAAAUGUUAGUAAUAAGGGCAAGGCAAAAGCGAAUUAG